UGUCCCAUGUAAAGGAAUUUCGUAUUAGUUAUGUAAAUAAUUUAUUUACAAUUUUAGUGAUUAGGUUCUAAUGAGUUUGGCUCCGAUAAAUAAUUUUGAAUGAACAUUAGUCAGUUUCAGUAAUGGAUUUUUCGGAGCCAGCACCUUUCCAUGCUGACGCUCUCUGGAUUGUUCGCCUCCUCGCUGUGGACAUUUUGAACAAACCUUUCGUCCGCUUUUUAAUGUUCACUGUCUUACUUUUCCACGUCACAGUUCUCCUAAUCCAAAUUUACUUCAUUUGCUUCGUUCAAACCUUCGGCGAGUUUGUCAAAUACAGCGCAAUUUUUUGUGCCAUGUUUUACGUUAAUUUGAGCAUGAUUACGCUACUUUACGAAAAGAAUAUGGUCAAACACAUUUUGGAAAAAUGCAAACUUUGGGCCUUGAACAGUAUCGAUGAUAAAAUCUACCAAGACAUUCGGAGAGAAGCGCUUUUUGGCACAGUUUUCGUAAUAACAAAUUUGAUUUUGGUUUUUGUAACAACAAUCACAUUUAUCAUUCCUGCGCCCCUAGACCGCGACGUUUUCUUCGUUGUAUAUUUUUUUGAGAGUUAUUUGGACCAAACCUGGGGCAAAAUCCUCACUUUGGUUUACAGGGCGACAUUUCUUUUGCUCGGAUUUAUCGUAGUCACUUGUGCCCACCAACUUUUCUACACCAUCCAGCAAUUUAAGUUUCAGAUUUACCUACUGAAAGAACACGUGGAAAAUAUCACAAAUAUCGAGUUUUUCGAUGAGGAUGACUCGCUUUUACUCAAAAAUCCAUCGUACCAAAGGGAGGUAAAAAGACGGGUGCGCUUUUGCAUCAAGAGACACAUCCAAAUUUUGAAUGGCGCCGAUGUCGGAAUGAAGUUGGUGAAAAAAUGGAUUCCUUUGUAUUCGAUUGCCGGGAUUUUGUUUUUUGUCAGUAUUGUGUUUUCAUGCAUUUCUUUUGAUGGAAGUUUGGAGGAUGUUUAUCUGCGUGUUGGUUCCUUGGGCGUGGUUUCAGUGACCACAUUUUGUUCCAUUAUUUUCGUUGGUGAAAGUAUAGCGACUCAGAGUGAUGUUUUGGCUCAAGUCAACACUUUUAUUCGCUGGUGUAGCCUUAACCGUGAGAAUCUCCAAUUAUUUGCCAUCAUGGGCAUAAUGAGCAAAGAGCCGUAUUACGUAAAAUUUUCCCAAAACUUGGCAAUUAAUUACGCGCUGGGAAUCAAGGUGGUUAAGUUAGUUUACAGUUUUUUGUGCUUCUUGAUCCAAUGCAAGGGCGUUUUGUAUUAGAAUUUACAGAGAUUUUUGUACUAGUUGUAACAAUGUAAACAAUUGUGUAAUGCAAAAAUUUAACGUAAAAUUAUAAGAAAUAUAAAACCAGUAAUCAACGUCAACAACCAGUCGUUCUAAAAAAAGCUGUUUCCAUUCAGAUAAUUUUGUUCUAUUAUAAAAUAUGCAACUUUAUCCAAAUAAUUCAAUAACAAUAAACGAAACAUCGAAAAACGUAAUCAUACAACCAAAUAACAACGUAGUAACGUAAAAAAAGAUUAGAUCUACGUCUAUGUGCUCAUUGGGAAAUAG